AUGUAUAUUCCUGUUGAUGCCAUUGUUCGCCCUUUAUUGAUCGAGUCGAGAUCUGUUCCCAUUUAUUGUUGUUUGAUUGACGAGACAGAGUUAGAUGAUGGUUUGCCAUGGUACCAUGACAUAUAUCACUUUUUGAGACUCAACGCAUAUCCUGAGGCCGCCAUAGCCAUGGAUAAGAGAGCAUUGAGACAAGUCCCUCACAAGCGGAUUUCAAAUAGAGGAGUACAUUUCAGGGCAGAGGCUGACACCUUAUUGCAGAGAUAUGGUAUUCAGCAUCAUAGUUCGUCUGCAGAGUUUCCAGAGAACGUGAAGUUGAGGUCAGAUUUCAAGGACACCAUGCCACCAAGGAGACCCGCAUCUUCCCAAAACAGUCAGGCUAAUGAUGAUAUACCUCCUCCACCUGAGGCUUUGCCCUCUAUGAGUACUAAAGGGCUUUAUAGAUAUUUAAGAACUUUGGCUGGCUUGGUUGAGGGCCAGGCUAGAGCUACUGGAAGUAAUGGUCAAGGACAAUCCUCAUCUACUAGGGGUAGCUCCUUUUACGACUUUAAGAAGUUGGGUCCCCCUUACUUUUCUGGUACUUCAGAUCCAACAGAGGUAGAGGCUUGGAUUAUGAAGAUAGAGAAAUUCUUUGAUGUCAUUGAUUGUUCUGAGGAGCAAAAAGCCUUAUAUGCAGCAUUUAUGCUAGACAAAGAGGCAGACCAUUGGUGGCACAUGACUAAGAGGCUUUUGGAGGAUCAGGGGCCUAUUGUUUGGAGUCAGUUUAGGGAGGCUUUUUAUAAGAAGUACUUUCCUGACAGUGUUCGACGACAAAAGGUGGGAGAGUUUGUCCGUUUGGAACAGGGGGAUUUGACUAUGGCCCAAUAUGAGGCUAAGUUUACUGAACUAUCACGUUUUGCCCCACAGUUGAUUGCUACAGAGGAGGAAAAAACAUUAAAGUUUCAGGAUGGACUGAAGCCUUAUCUGAAGAAUAAGAUAUCAAUUCUGAAGCUUAGUGUUUAUUCAGAGGUGGUAGACAGAGCCCUUAUUGCAGAGAAGGAUAAUGAAGAGCUUCACCAGUAUAGGGAACAACAAAGAAAGAGGAAUAGAAAUGAUGGUGCUCAUGGUAACCAAGCACAGAAAAGGUUUGCUCUAAGUAGAAAUCAGAAUAAAGGAAAAGCAACACAAAAUUUAGAUGGGAUUUGUCCUACUUGUGGCAAAAAGCAUCGGGGUAGGUCAUGCUAUAGAGAAACAGGAGCUUGCUUUGGUUGUGGAAAACAGGGACAUAUGGUUCGGGAUUGUCCAGAGAGUAGGAAGUUUGUAUUUGGGAAGCCUAAGGAGGAGAAUAAAGAUGAUAGAUAG